CUUGGCUUUACUCUCUCUUCUCUCUCUUCUUCUUCUUCGUUUGUGAAAUCGGUUUCUACACUUUCCUCUGUUUUUGAUCUAAUGUUUGGAGAGAGAUUCAUGGGUUUUGGAGGUUUUCAUGGAGAUUUCAACAUCGGACGAGCUUCAGAUCAUCGUUCUCUUGGUUCUGAUGGGUUCUUAAGGAGUCUCGACACAAACCCAUUUCUGAAGAAUCAGUGUUACAACAACAAGAGUGUUGAAGCUCUGGAUUUGUGUAAAAAGCUUCACAAAAUGGGUAUCUCUUGUGACAUGAGUAUAUGGACCAACCCCGAAGAACCGUUCCGGGUCGACCCGGGUGAGUUUGGGUCUAGAACUCUUCAUGGGUUUGAUCAGAAUCUGAGUGGAGCUUCUCAGAUUCAUGAUGGGUUUCGUAACUUUUCCUCUGUUCGUCUGCAAAACAACAACUUUCAUGGAGUUUCUUCUUCUCCAGGAGAGAUGAGAUUGCUUGGCCAUCAAGAUUCCUUUAACACAAACAGAUUUGAAGAGAUGAUGGCUCUUAAGAAUCACAGAGAUUAUCUCUUGGACCAUAUUAACGAACCCAUAAAGCGUUCUCCUUUUCUCAGAGGCAACGAUGCUUUCAACGGUUCGUUGAUGUUUGAAGGAAAUAGGGUUUCUCAAACCCUAGCCGCCAUGGAAGUUUCUAGAGCUUCUUAUCUAGAGGAUAGUUCUCUGAUGAGUCCGUUUCACGAGAUGAGAAGGUAUUUCAAGGAAGAUGAGCCAAAGUUCACUACUGGUUUGCCUCUGAAUCUAGCCGCCAUGGAAGGUUCUGGAAAACUUGGAGCUUCUUAUCCAGAGGAUACUCUAAUCAGUCCAAAGAGCAGUAUUGUUUUGCCUUUGCCUAUGAAUCUCGUCUCUAUGGUUGAGAUUUACGGAUCUGUGAACAUAAUGGCCAAAGAUCAGAUUGGUUGUCGAGUUUUGCAGAAACUGGUCGAAGAAGGAACGGUUCUUGAUGCCAAGGUUAUAUUUCAUGAGAUCAUUGACCAUGUUGUUGAACUCUCCAUGGAUCCUUUUGGGAAUUACAUUGUCCAGAAGCUGUUAGAGGUGAGUGAUGAGGAACAGAGAACGUUGAUUGUGAGUGUGUUAACGUCAAAACCAAGGGAGCUUAUCCAAAUCUGUCUCAACACUUAUGGAACAAGGGUUGUGCAGAAGAUGAUUGAAACAGUGAAAACAAAACAGCAGAUUGCAUUGGUGAAGUACGGUCUCAAACCGGGCUUUCUUGCUCUUGUCAAAGAUCUGAAUGGCAACCAUGUGAUACAGAGUUGCUUGCAAACACUUGGCCCUAAUGACAACAAGUUUGUGUUAGAAGCUGCUACAAAGUACUGUGCUGAGAUUGCUAUUCAUCGCCACGGAUGCUGUGUUCUUCAAUGCUGCCUUUCAAACUCUGAUGGACUGCAACGUGAGAGACUCGUCGCUGAGAUAUCAAGAAACGCACUUCACCUUUCUCAGGAUCCUUUUGGGAACUAUGUGGUGCAGUACUUAAUAGAGCAACAAGUUUCUGCGGCGAAGUUGCUGGUUCGGUUUAGAAUGCACUACGCCGAGCUAGCGACUCAGAAGUUUAGUAGCCAUGUGAUUGAGAAAUGUCUAAGGAAGUAUCCAGAGAGUCGAGCUGAGAUCGUCCGCGAACUCAUCUGUGUUCCAAACUUUGAAUAUCUUCUGCAGGAUCCUUAUGCGAACUAUGUGAUCCAAACUGCUCUCUCUGUUACCAAAGGAGCUGUUCGUGCUAAAUUGGUUGAGAAGGUUUACAGGUUCGGGAAACUACGGUCGAGCCCUUACUGCAAGAAGAUUUUCUCCAAGACCAUCUUGAAGAAGUGACUUUAAUUAGUAACUAAAAAAUUGUUGUUGUUAUUUUGUGUUUCAAGAUCGGAUAGGGCUUUAGAGAAAAGAAUGCCCUUAAUGUUUUUGUUGUUGGUCUCCCUUUUUGUAGUGACAACAACUUUUGUCAAACCAGAACUAGUUGUUAGUCUGUGUUUUAGGCCAAUGCUCUUAAUAUAUAUAUAUAACUUAA